UAUUCAAAUUUUUAUUAUUCUUUUUCUCAUGUAAAGAAUGGGAAUAUACAUUCCUACCACCAUGGCCGAUCACUGGUUAAAGCUAUUGAUUUGUGUAAUCGCUCUGUCGAGUACCAAAGUCAACGUCCGAGCCUCUGAAAUGGUCAACAUUACGCUUCUCUCUAACGCUGUCGAAAAAGGAGCAGUUUGCUUGGAUGGAAGCCCAGCAGGUUAUCAUUAUGCCAAAGGAUAUGGAGAUGGAGCUAAUAGCUGGAUGAUUUAUCUUCCGGGUGGUGGAUGGUGCGGCCGCAAACAAAGCUGCAUCGACAGAGUGAAAUAUUCUCCCAUGCUUUCGAGCACCAAAAACAUCACGCAAGAAAAUUUUGGUGCGAUACUAAGCCCAAACAAAACUUCUAAUCCAGAUUUCUACAACUGGAAUAGAGUUUUUAUUAGAUAUUGCGACGGCUCGUCGUUUAUGGGAGACGUCAAAAAAGUCGAUCCAGAAACUAACCUUCAUAAAAGGGGGUCAAGAAUUUUCACUUCUGUAAUAGAUGAAUUGCUAUCCAAAGGACUAAAAGAUGCCAAAAAUGUUAUGCUUACGGGUAACUCGGCUGGUGGAUUAGCGACAAUCUUGAACUGCGACCGGUUUCGAGCACUUGUACCUAAUGCUAAUAUGGUGAAGUGUGUCUCGGAUUCCGGUUUCUUCAUCCAUGCGAAAAACCUCCCUAAUGCUGCGGGGAGAGAACGGACAUUUUCUCGCGUUGUCCACUUUCAUGGAAUAAGUAAGUUUCUGCCUAAAUCAUGCACUUCAAGAAUGAAACCGGGUUUGUGUUUUUUCCCUGAAAAUUUGGUCGCACAUAUUAAGACCCCACUUUUUCUACUGAAUUCCGAUUUUGAUAAAUUUCAGAUACAAGUCAAUUUAAAACCUCAUCCCGUUGACAAUCCUGGUUGGGUCAAUUGCACCAGAAAUAUAACUACAUGCACACCUCCUCAAUUACAAAUCAUCAAAGAUUUUCGAAAUACAUUCCUGGAAACAUUGAAAGGAGUUGGUAAUAACCCAUCAAGAGGAUUAUUUAUUAAUUCUUGUUACAUUCAUGAUUUUCUCUAUUUAAUGGGAAGGUAUAAUUCCCCAGACUCCCCCAAAUUACAUAAUAAGACGAUUGCACAGGCUAUUGGUGAUUGGUAUUUCAACAGAAGCUCUGUUCGUUUAAUAGACACAAAAAUCGAUUAUCCGUUGGACUGCAAAAUAGGAUCGGGUAAUUUCGUAUAAAUCACUAAUUGGAAUAUUCCCAUGGAUUAUUAUCUAAUGGAAAAUGAAAGAGAAGUAUUACUAUAGUUUUACCAUAAUGUAACAUUCUAUAAUGAUCAUGUUAACUUGUAUGACAUAUUAUUAUUGUUGGAAAAUUUACAAUUUCCGCCCCUCA